ACACGAACAGCUGAUGAUUCUUAGGCAAACCCCUUUAGUGAAUUUAACUUAGAACAAACCACUGGUAAUAAACCAUUAAUAUACGAUCCAUUUGACAUUUAAAGUAAACUCCAUUCAAACCGUGACAAAAUUUGUAUUAUAUUUUGGGAAAGAUUAAAUCAAAUAAAAAUCUGACCAAAGAUUGCCUCGUGUAAACGGCACCUAAAAUUGCAAAACCAUAACAUUAUUGAAAAGUUUAAUUGUUUCCAGUGUUGGAGCUGCUGUGCAGGAUUCGCCCGACAAGGCUGCCAUGGAGAAACUGCAUGUCAUUAGCAAUUCAACCGAUACAGAGACGCCCCCUUGCAACAGAAUCAGCGGGAAAAAGUGCGGCAAUCGACCACGCCGGAUUCACCGAGUGGCGGACCGUCUAUAGCCUGCCGUCCAUAAGGAUCUUGGCUGCACUAAGUAAGCUCAAAGUAUACCAGGCGGCUUUCACGGUGGCCGGAGCGCCCAUAGCCUUUGCGCUGGGAAACGCCGGUCAACUGAGCUCGGAUGCACUGGCCAUUUAUGGCACCGUGGGAAUCACUGGCCUUGUCACUCUCACACUCGCCAGCUACGCGGCCAGGAAUCUGGUGGGCUUCAUCUACGUCAACGAGCAGCAGGAUCUGCUGAAGCUAGCCUAUGUGGACUUCUGGGGACGUCGGCAGGAGACCCUGCUGGAGACCGAGGAUCUGCUGCCCAGCUGGGAACAGGGAAGUCCAUCCCGACUGAGAUUCGCUUCGUCCAUCUGCCUGCGCAGCGAUCCUAAACGGCGGUACAAACUGCUAAAUCGCUUUGGCCAUGUCAGCGAUCCACAGUUGUUUGAGGGUCUUUUUGGAGAUUGAUUAAAGUUAGUUUUAUAUUUUUCUUGUACCGGUAAAGUUGUUAUUAUCUGAAUUACAAAAUCAUGUACAAAGUUAA